AUGAAUCCACUUAAGACACCUUUCGUUCCCAAAAAGGCCUGUUCUCAGGAGCAGGCCGACCCUCAAGAAUAUUUCAAGCUCAAGAAACAGGUCUCUCCCCAGGCAACGAAUCCGGGAAAGAAGAACGAUAACAAAAACAACCAGAGGGUAGCUGAAUGGAAACAAUAUGUUGAUUGGCUCGUUGACUUGGCCCUCAAGCUGACCUGGGACAUCUGCUUUGAUGGCACGCAAGUUGUCUUCAAGGAGCCAGAGACAUUGACCGUCUUCAGGGAGGAACUAUCGUUGAAUCCCGCGGAAGAAGGUCUUCUUCGUGCUAUGAGAGCAGGAAAGUUCAGAACUCUUUCCGCUCUCAAGCUGCGAGGACCCAAGUCCAAGGAAGCCGACAGGCUUGCCACGAAAAUCUCGCCGAUGGAUUAUAGACUGAAACGCGAACAAGACGCCAAGAAGCUGAAAAAGUUUAUACGGUACAGGCAUAUCCUUCAUGCUCCCAAAGGCUCGAGCACUCUCUCUGCCUGCAUCCCAAGCCACCCCUGGCCCGAGUUCUCUCAACCGCUUACCUGCCUCUACUGCAAUCUGACCACAGAUCACGUCAAUAUCCACCAAUUUCUUCCAACUAUCAACAUUCCCUGCCCAAAAAGCCCGGAAGUCAGAAUUAUGCAUGACCAAGAUCUCUGUCCCUACCACGACUACUACCUUCUCAGUGGGUGUUCCCUCGGCUACCACGAGCUUCUGGCGCUCAGUGUGUUCCAGCAGUGGGGUAUAUCAUUUGGCACUGAGUGUGGAAGGGGGCCUGGAUCUCGGGAAGUCUUACUUCCGGAUAGACACUUUGAUGAGAAACGGUCACAUUUCAGAUAUUUCAUCGAUCGCAUGCGCGAGGAGGUGGUGGAGAAGAGGGGACAUCUGGUUACUACGGAGGCGGAUCUGAAGUUGGGGACGUUUCUUGGAGAAGGGACUGGAUCUGGGUAUGUUUUCGAAACGUGCGUGGGAGAAGAGGGGAGGAAGAACUUAGGGGCUAUUGGGGAUGGGAGGCCUGUUGUGAAGGGGAAAGAGACUGGAAAGGAGGAGGAAAACGACGAGGAGGAUGAGGAGGCUAUGGAGGAAGUUGGGCCAGCGGGUGAAGGCGCACCUUUGACUGCUCCUGGGUGAUGUUUCACGUGGCUGGAAUAUGAAUGGUUUGUGGUGAGGUCAUGGCAGAAGUGGUAAAGUCGUAACAAGCGCACAUCUUCGAUUUCUUUUGUUGGUAUACCAGCUAGCGAAGUAGUUGAUUUUAACU